AUGGCCGGGCGCUGCGGCCCCAUGGCGCUGCUUCUCAGCUUUGGCCUCCUCGGGCUGUGCCCAGGGGCCAGGGGUACAGAUACCGAAGAGCGGCUGGUGGAGCAUCUCCUGGACCCUUCUCGCUACAACAAGCUCAUCCGUCCAGCUACCAAUGGCUCUGAGCUGGUGACGGUACAGCUCAUGGUAUCAUUGGCCCAACUUAUCAGUGUGCAUGAGCGGGAGCAGAUCAUGACCACCAAUGUCUGGCUGACCCAGGAGUGGGAGGAUUAUCGCCUCACCUGGAAGCCUGAAGAGUUUGACAACAUGAAGAAAGUUCGGCUCCCAUCUAAGCACAUCUGGCUCCCAGAUGUGGUCCUGUACAACAAUGCUGACGGCAUGUACGAGGUGUCCUUCUAUUCCAACGCUGUGGUCUCCUAUGACGGUAGCAUCUUCUGGCUGCCACCCGCCAUCUAUAAGAGCGCAUGCAAGAUCGAGGUAAAGCACUUCCCAUUUGACCAGCAGAACUGCACCAUGAAGUUCCGCUCCUGGACCUACGACCGCACCGAGAUCGACCUGGUGCUCAAAAGUGACGUGGCCAGCCUGGACGACUUCACACCCAGCGGUGAGUGGGACAUCGUGGCACUGCCGGGCCGGCGCAACGAGAACCCCGAUGACUCCACCUACGUGGACAUCACGUAUGACUUCAUCAUCCGCCGCAAGCCGCUCUUCUACACCAUCAACCUCAUCAUCCCCUGCGUGCUCAUCACCUCACUGGCCAUCCUGGUCUUCUACCUGCCGUCCGACUGCGGUGAGAAGAUGACGCUGUGCAUCUCCGUGCUGCUGGCGCUCACCGUUUUCCUGCUGCUCAUCUCCAAGAUCGUGCCGCCCACCUCCCUCGACGUGCCGCUGGUCGGCAAGUACCUCAUGUUCACCAUGGUGCUCGUCACCUUCUCCAUCGUCACCAGCGUGUGCGUGCUCAACGUGCACCACCGCUCCCCCACCACGCACACCAUGGCGCCCUGGGUCAAGGUCGUCUUCCUGGAGAAGCUGCCGGCGCUGCUCUUCAUGCAGCAGCCACGCCACCACUGCGCCCGCCAGCGCCUGCGCCUGCGGCGGCGCCAGCGUGAGCGCGAGGGCGCAGAAGCCUCGUUCUUCUUCCGCGAAGUCCCCGGGGCCGACUCAUGUACGUGCUUCGUCAAUCGCGCGUCGGUCCAGGGCCUGGCCGGGGCCUUCGGGGCUGAGCCCCCGCAGGUGGCCGGCCCCGGGGGCCCGUGCGGCUGCGGCCUUCGGGAGGCGGUGGACGGCGUGCGCUUCAUUGCGGACCACAUGCGGAGUGAGGACGAGGACCAGAGUGUGAGUGAGGACUGGAAGUAUGUCGCCAUGGUGAUUGAUCGCCUGUUCCUCUGGAUCUUUGUCUUCGUCUGUGUCUUUGGCACCAUCGGCAUGUUCCUGCAGCCUCUCUUCCAGAACUAUACCACCACCACCUUCCUCCACCCAGACCACUCGGCUCCCAGCUCCAAGUGAGGCCUUCCUCAGCUCCAUGCUCCUUCACCCCUUUCCUGUCUGUUGUACAAAAGUGUUGGGUGGAGAAGGGACAAGUGAGCUACCAGGAAGAGGGGCACUGCCCCGACAGAUCCAUCCAUUUACUUCACCUGGAGCCCUCCCACGAACACGCCUCCACCCACACAGUCAGUUCCCACCUGGAGGCUGGACCAGUUGCAUCGUGUCCAGGCCACUCUCCUCCUCUUGUACCAAGCCAGGCAAUAGUGGUGACGGUGGAAGAUGAAGGCUAAGAAGUGGAGACGGACAUUGGAGCCUUCCACCCUGAGGAAAAUGUGAUUGGGAGGAGCCAAGAAAGGGACAGAUUCAUCUGCUGCCUCCAAGUCAUGGGAGGAGGGCAAGUUGGAUUGCGAGAAGGACAGGGACUUGGACUCUCUGCUGGGCUGGCCUGACACAAUAGGUAGUUCAGAAGGGAGGAGCAAGAGGAGAGAGGCCUGCAUGGGACUUGGUGUCCACCCUGCUUGAGUGGACAGCAGCUGGGCUGGGUGCGCCUCAGUGGGCAGAGGUUCCUGCACAGAGGGCUUAGCCAGGUGCCGAGGGCACAGGUUCCUGGGGCAGGCUUCCACCCCAACCUUGCUUCUAAGGGGCCCAGAGCCCAAGCCCCAGGCCCCCUCCUGGUCCAAUGAAGAAUUCUCUGUACCCCCUAGACUUUCCCUUCUUGCUCAGGCUCAGUGUGUGGUGGACACAGUUGGGUAUUAGGAGGGCCUCUGAAUGCUGAGCCUGGGUGACCUGCUUGGAGCCUGAGGUCCAAGGACUUCAACUGUGUGAGUAGUGCAGCUUCACAGAGAUCACAGAGCUGGAAGAAUCUUUCUCAGUUAUUGGUUCUGCUGACAUGAGCCAUAUUAUGGAUGAGGAAACAGACCCAGAGGGGAAGACAACUUGCUUGGGUCUCUGACCUUCCACCUGCCCUGAAAUCCAUCUGGAGUGAGUGUCCUGCUCUUCUGCCCACUCUGAACUGACUGGUUGUUUGAAAGAAGUAAAGUAAGGAUUUCAGCUUUAAGCAGACUCAGCCUUUUUGCCUGCAGCGGAGCCAGACUGGGCAGGAGGGAGCAGCUGUGGAGGUCUGCAGAGGCCAGCUGCACUGCUCCUCUUGUUACUUCUAUUCGGGGUUCCAUCCUUCCUGCUCUGGCUCCUCCACUUCCCUCUCCCAACCAAACCUGACCAGCUUUGAAGCAGAACUUUGGAAGGACAGGUGGACAGGCCUGCUAUUGCCAGGGGCUCCCCAGAAAGCACAGCCUGACUGUCCAUCCUGUGGGUCUCUGGAGGCUGUAUGCUGACACGGCUCCCAGGGGCCAGCUGGAGGCCGCCUGGCUGGUUACGCCAACAGGCCUCCCAAGGGAUCUCCUGCCCAUCCCUUUCCCUCCCACUCACACUUGACUGGCUCUGAUUUGUGGUUCCAGCCUGUGCUCAGUGUGGGGAUGGCAGAUGGCAGGUCAUAGAGGGGUCAGUCUGCCAAGUGCACGCCAGGGGCCUGGCCCAACACAGGCCAUUCUGUUCUCUGGAGCCCAGCUGGGCCUCCUGCUCUCCAAGCACAGUGGAGGUGGGGAGCUGGUGCUGAUAGUGAGAGCAGACACACAGCAAACUCGAAGAACACUGGGUGGGAUCGCGGAGUAGAGGAUUUGAAGGAGGGCUCCAUUGCAUGGGCAAGGUCUUACCACCCUUAAGCACAGUUGGACACUUUGGGGAACCACAGUCUCUUUCACUCCCAGUCCUCUGUCCUUCCCUUGGUGCUGUCAGGGAAGCUCCCAGCCCACUUUCCAUGUUGGGGCUGUCUUUGGAGAGAAUAAGGUGCCCAGCUCAGCAGUGGGUGUGGCCGUGACACUGGAGAGGGAGGCAGAGAGACAGGGUUGAAUCCCGGAGUGAGGCGGUCCAGGAUGGCAGUGAGGACGUGAGUCGGGAUUAUCUCCAUCAGAUCUGGCAGGGCUACAGGCGAGCUAAUAGCCAUUCCUCUCUGAAAAGAGUCACGCCCAGGCCCUCCGCUCCUGAUGAUUGGCAGUGCAGGAGGGAGGCAGCUUCCUGGUAGCAGGUGUCUAGGACUGGAACAGCUGUGCCAAGUUAGUGAAAAUAAAAAAGCAAACAAGACCUGGGCAGCCCCAGAUGGAGUUUUCUGCAGAGGAAGGCUGUCUGCGUUGGGAGGGCAAGAUGAUUUCCCUCUCAGGGAAUAGAGAAGGCUCUUUGGAGGGUUUGGGCGUUCGGGCCCGUGUCCUGCCCCCUCCCAACCACAGUUCUAGUUGGUGUUUACCAAGGGUCUGCGCUGAGCCAGUUUCUUCAGAUGCCCUGUCUGUAGUCCUUACAACAAUCCUGUAGGGAAGGGAUCCCCGUUUUAUAGAAGAGAAAAUGGAUCUCAGAGAAGCCAAGUGACACAGCUGGUGACCCCAAAGUCCAUGCUUUUGCUGUGGUCUCCGAGGCAGGGAGGAAGAAAGCUUCUGGGGAGGGAAGCGAGGGACAUCCAGGGUCUUCUCUGACGUCACUCCCAAAACCAGAGUGGACUGGGUUUCAGCUAGUCAUCCCCUGCUUCUAUGCAGAUUGGGCUGGUCGCGGCACCUCUCGCACCCCGACUGCUGCUGACCAGCCUCCCACUCGUGAACCUGACUGGACAGAGAACGGGGACCACCUUUUAAUAUUCAUCCCAAUAGGCCCAAGAGGCCAAUGUGAUUAUCACGUGGUCCCUAAGGCACCGUAGGUCUAGGAAUCAUUAGGACACUUCACUCACUCACCCACCCUUGGUGCCCCCACAUCCCUCACACUGGCCUUGGCCCCCUUUGUCUACACUCCUGGAAUACUUGCACUGGUCUAGGCCAGCCCAGGCCAAACUCAUCAGGAACUCAAGCUUCUUGUAAAGAAGGUUGUUUGCAAAGAUGUCUUGUCGCUCUGUUGUUUGUGGGGACGAGGGGGAACCAUCCCAGGCUGGGGUUGGCAAAUAGGAGGAAAGCGAGAGUAGUGGUGAAAUUGGACUCAUGAGAGGUUAGAUAUUACAAGAAUCUAAAGGAAAGGUGAGCAGUAACAGCCUGCUGUUGAAUUAUUGUGAUUUGUUGACUCACAAGUCCGUCCGAUGGCCUGAAGUAGACAGAGCCCAGCAGGGGAGAGGACCUGCCCCAUGGAGGCAGGGAUGGCCUGGACAUCAAGGCUGCAGUCCACGUGGAGGCCAGACCUGGCCCCGGAACACUAGUUUGAUGUGGGUCCAAAUUCCGGCAACAGUAUUAAAUUGUGGCCCCACGGAUGAAAGAAGAGUGAAGAGCAGCAGAAACGAUAAGCUCAAGAAAAUCCUCGUGUGCCCCACAGGGCAGUCCUGCCUCCCUGAGGAGGCGUGGUGGGCAGGGCAGUCUGGGCAUUUGCGUUAGGUAUCAAGGGAACUGGCCACUUCCUAAAAGACCCGGAUUCUGUGUUCCCCUCUAGGCGGAACUACUUGCUGCCUGAGAAGAGAGGGCAAAAACACUGAGGCUCAUGGGACAUCAUGGCAGAGACAAUAUUCAGUUCACCCAGCACUUUUUUCAGCAGACUAUGAAAGACACCCACGCAGUUAUGGGCCUGACUCCAUGUGCCCCCAAACGUGCUGCCAGCUCUCCUGGCCUCAGUUGUUCCAUCUAUAUGAUGGGAGGAUUCUAGAUGAGGGGAGGCUUGAUUUUGACUUACGGUAGCCUCAUAUUAGGUACUUUGUACUCACUGGUAAAAUUUUUAAAAGGUCAAGGAUAAAUCUUAUAGAAAUUCUGUACUAAAUUACAUUGUGAAGAGUGGUGUGUUCUUUCAGGAUGGAGAGGGAUUCUGGGUAAAAUGCAAGUGGCCUGUCCCCUUAAGACUGCGGCCAAGCCAGUCCUGGUCCAGGGAAUAUGCAUAUUUCUGCAGGCAAAGCAGCUGGCAGGUGGGGUAGAAAAACACCCCUCAGGGACAGCUAACUGAGAACCCAAUGCCUUUGACUGGAUUCCGACUCAUAGGGACCAUAUAGGACAGAGAACUGCCCUAUAGGGUUUCUAAAGCUGCAAUCUUUACAGAAGCAUACUGCUAUAUCUUUCUCCCUUGGAGCCGUUGGUGGGUUCCAACUGCCAACCUUUUGGUUAGCGGCUGAGCGCUAACCACUGCACCACCAGGGCUCCUUCAGGGAGACCUAGGUCUGUGAACGUACUUUGUGAUGUCUCAAGGGAUGUUUUCCUAUUCUGGGCCUUGAAAUCUUGCAUACCAAGUCCCUGGGACAAGAUAUUUAAUGGCGGGCUCUGAUGGAGCUAGCAAAGUAGUUUCGGAGUGCCUGACACACCUCCCGCCCAGGACGGACGAGCUCACUGGCCCAGGGAAGCCCUUAGUGCAGGCUGAGGGUGCCCUCUUCAUCCCCGAGUCAGUGCAGCUGGAGCUGUACCAGAACUCCCAGUCCUACAGGUUCCCCGUCUACCCCGUCUUCACCCCCAGUAACCAAGACUCGAGGCUUCCUAACAAUUGUCUUCUUU